GUUAUCGAAAACCUCAACACAGUAAUACAGACCUGCCAUGAUAGCUCCGUUGAAUAGAGUUCUCUACGUAGCCGGAAGGUUAUGAGUUCGAGUCCCGCUCAUGCCAUGAUCGCGUCAAACAUAGGUAGCAAUUACUCAUUCUCCAAAUUCGUGGUAUUUUAAAAGUGUGAAUUGCGGGUUUUUCGAAUAUAAUCCUAAAAAUUGAUUUCCUGUGUUGGCAGGUCAAACAACUCUCAGUGUUAUGGUCGUUAGCGCUAAGCAUACAUCUGUGGUACUUUACCUACAACUGUUGAGGUCUCAAUAUGAGUGAAAAAUUCGCGACGGGACGUAAAACAAAUAAGCAAAUAUAGAGUUGCCAUUGUGAAACUCAUAGUAAAUCUAGAAUAUGAAUUGCUGAGAAAUCCUGUCAAAGAAUGUACGUACUUGUACACAUUUAUAGUAGGGUAAAUAAGGCAAUUUAUAUAUUUAAAGAAAAAAGAAUGGUACAUAUAGUUAUCGGCAAAACUAACAUGAAAUUAAUUUUUGUUCAUUUAUUAGAAGACGUGCUUGUGCAACAGUUGUUGAAAUAUUUUGUGCCAAUUUUACUGAUCUGUGAUUGCAUAAUUCCAUGUCAGCUGUUUGGUUUCUGAAAGGUUCGACGGACUUCUUAUCUAAGUUUUACCUUGCAGUUCUAUCUCGUCUGUACGCACAUAUAUAUACCGCAUGCAAUUUGUCUUUUCCAUAUUCCAUGCACUGCAUACGUUUUACGAUGUUGAGAGCUUGCAUCAUAGGUUUCCUGAUCUUCCUGACAGGCUUCCUUGUAACGGAGGCGCUGUACUGUUUGUCAUGCUCUGACAGUGUAGCACCACGACAUUGCCAUGUUGUCCGAAAAUGUAGCGACGGAGAGGUUUGUUUUACGGAGAGUCAUACGUCUGAAAAUGGAGUUGUUGUCUUUGACACCGGAUGUGCUAGUUCCCAGACCUGUCGAGCGAAACGUGGUCCCCAACUAUUGAGGAAUCUUAGCGACGUGGAUCCUCACUAUCAUCAUAGUCUGUGUGAGGAGUGUUGCUCAUCUAAUCUCUGUAACACACAGGGCUGUGGACAGCAAGGAUAUCCUAAGUCACGGGGACCAGUGUGUUUUAAUUGUCCUCAAGUAGCAGAUGCUACACUUUGUGACCAAAUCCGAGUAUGUGAACUGAACCAGGCUUGCUAUCUACACAGAGAGGAAGAAUUUGGAGAUACUUUAUUCACGUCGAGCUGCAUCAAUAAACACGCUUGUUCCUCUAACCUUGACAUCUUCGGAAGACGAUCUCUCGGCAGCUGUUCAAAGUGUUGCUUAGCGGAUCUGUGUAAUAGUCAAUGCAACGAUAUGACAUUGUAUCCCUCCUCUUCAACCAUGACGACAAAGACAACAGCGGUGACAUUGAUGAUGACCACAAAGUCACAGACACCUGCAUCUACCCAUGUACCAGACUCAACAGGUAGUAGAGGCAGAGAAUUUCUUGUUCUAUUCAUGAGAAAUCUACAGGAUAUUUCAGGAAACUUGAAAGGAUCCUUGACAGUUUACAUAACAACAGACAAUAAAGCCUCGGUCAAUAUAUCCAGCUCUCCUCGUUUAAAUGCGAACAUUAAAUCGGCAGUGGACAGCAGUGGAUCUAUUACAUCCGAUUCUAAUUUUACCUUUCCUAUUGAUCUCUCGUGUGCCUACGGAAUAGUAGAACCAAAGGCGGUGAUAAUAGAGACUUCCCAACCAUCCACAGUCACUAUUUUUAAUAAUUAUUAUUACGAAACCUCAUCCGACGGAACGCUUAUUAUUCCAACGCACAAACUGUCUAAUCAGUAUCUCGUUUCAACCACAGAACCUCGUUCCUCAGGACGUGACAAUUACAGCCAGUUUGCAAUAGCAGCCCUCACUGACAGAACAGACAUAAAGAUAAGGUUCAAAAUGCAUUACAACCAUAUAAUUACUAUGCUUGGUUGGAAAUAUGGUGAUGGAGACGUUCUAUUUAAAACUUUGAAUAAAUUCGAAACCCUUCAGGUUAACAGUUAUGUAAAUCUUACCGGGACGCUCAUUACAUCUAAAAAGCCUAUUGCUGUUUUUUCCGGAAACCGUUGUAAUUAUCUAUUAAGGACUGGUUGCAGUCAUAUGAUGACCCAAUUACCCCCAACGACAGAACUAGAUCAUCAGUUCAUUGUGCCCCCGUUUUACAAAAAUUUGAAAACUUUAAUUCAGGUUGUAACCCCAACUCAAAAUACGAUCAAUGUAACUAUUGGUGACAAAAAUUCAUCGUGGGCUUUGAAUAAAACAGAACACAAAAAUUUUGAAUCAAAUGAAAAUGUAGUUUUAGUUUCGAGGGAUCCAAUUUUAGUCACCGGUUUUGGUAUGGGUUUGUCACAUGAUCCUGAUGUCAAUCCCUAUAUGACAGUUAUGCCCGGCGUACAUCAAUAUCUUGAUUUCUACAAGAUCACAGUGCCAUCUGGAUAUAAGGAAAAUUUCAUAUGUAUAAUAUGUCCAGCCGUCUCCAUUAGCAACCUUCAGAUAAGUGGCUUCUCUAUAGAUUAUUAUGCCACAGUUCACCAGAGUUCUGUGUAUUUAGAUAAAGCAUUUGUUGUCCGUGUCUUUCAAGUUCAAAAUACAGGCGAAACAUUUGUUAUAUCAACAACAGAUAAAUCGAAAUUCGGACUGAUUGUUUAUGGUCACCGAGCAAAUGACGGAUAUGGAUUUUCUGGAAACUUCGUUUUACCCUAAAAUCACAAGAACUUAUGUAUUGUAUGUGUUAAUUGAAGUAUGUAUGUUAUCUAUUUUGUAAACACAAUUGGACAAUAAACAUGUGUUUAAGAAAA